UAGGCAACCAUAUUGGAUAUGUUGCUGGAUUGACCCGCUAUGAGAAUAAUAUAUGGGUUUGAGUUAAAGUGUUAAUAUUAUUCUCAUGCGACCAUUAGUAUAACUAUCCUUUGACUUGAAGUCAUUACAUUCUUUGAUGUCUAAUAACAACCAUAAUCUCACUCUUCGCUCGAUCCUCGACAAAGAUAAGUUGACCGGCUCUAACUUCUUAGACUGGCAAAGAAACUUCGUUAUCGUUCUUCGACUCGAGAAGAAAGAAUAUGUGCUUGAACGAGCCAUCCCACCUGUCCCAGCCGCCAAUGCUUCUAGAGCAAUCAAGGAUACUUAUGAGAAGCAUGUUGAUGAUGACAAUCAAGUGGCAUGUCUCAUGUUGGCUACGAUGACUUCUGACCUUCAGAAACAUCAUGAGAGUAUGAAGGCGUACGAUAUGAUCAUACACCUAAGACAGCUCUACCAAGGACAAGCUAGACACGAGAGAUUUCAAAUCUCCAAAGCUCUCUUUAGUUGCAAGUUGUCAGUUGGAAACCCCGUUGGUCCGCAUGUUCUCAAGAUGAUUGGCUACGUCCAAACUCUUGAGAAAUUGGGUUUCGAACUAAGGACUGAACUUGCAACUGAUCUGAUUCUGCAAUCGUUGCCAGAAUUGUACAAGCAGUUUGUGGUUAAUUACGAGAUGCAUGAACUCGAUAAACCACUUCCAGAACUUUUGAAGAUGCUGCAAACUGCUGAAUAGAGCUUGACGAAAGGAAAGGGGAAUUCUGUCCUUCUGGUUCAAGGAGGAAAAGGGAAGAAGAAGUUCAAGAAAGCAAAGAAGAAUGG